CUCAUCUCUUUGCCAUAUAUAAUGUGAUUGCAAAUCUCAUACCUUAUUUACAAGGUCUGAAAAUGAAUAUGGAAAUUAUUUUACACUUUUAACUCUAAUUUUUACCCCCUCUCAUCAUUUUCUUCAACAAGAAGGCGCCACCUAUUCAUCUUCAAGACCUUAACUUGAGCCCACGUCCGUCCUCUCCGAUAGAAUACUCACAUUGGCAUCUGUGUCCCACUCAAUCCCCUCCGUGAUUUCUUUGUCCCUUCAACUAAAUGAAAAUCACAUUAACCAAAUUAAAGUCUUCAACUCCCUCCACUCACACCCUCUUCACUCCCCCAAUGAAGACCACCACCACCACCACAACCACCACCGCCAACUCCAACACCAAGCUCAUCCUCCUCCACCCUUCCUCCAACUUCCACAAACCCACCACCAAUGCCGCAGCUUCCGUCUCCCACCGCCUAUGGCUCCUCUUCUUCUUCACCUUCUUCACUCUCGCUUUCGCCCUCGCCCUCAUCAACACCACCCUCCCCAACCCCACCUCUCUCUCCCCCACCUCCACUAUCCCCCUCCCGCCCUCCGUCGCCGACGCGCUUCUCCACUACGCCAUUUCCUCUAACGCCUCAUCCGCAUCGUCCCACAUGUCCCUCUCCGAAAUCACAGCCAUCUCCACGGCCCUGACUGCCUGCUCGCACAGGUGUAAUUUCCUCGUCUUCGGCCUCACCCACGAGUCCCUCCUCUGGCACGCGCUCAAUCUCAACGGCCGUACCGUCUUCCUCGACGACAAUGAGUUCCUCAUCUCCAAGUUCGAACAGUCACACCCCUACCACGGAAUCGAAGCGUACGACGUGUCGUUCGCCACCGCGGUCAAGGACUUCAAGUCCCUCCUCUCCGCCACCAAGUCUCAAGUCCAAAACGACUGUCGUCCGGUGCAGAACUUGCUGUUUUCCGACUGCAAGCUCGGGAUCAACGACUUGCCGAAUCACAUAUACCAAGUCCCUUGGGAUGUGAUUUUGGUCGACGGGCCAAGUGGGUAUUCUCCGUCGUCGCCGGGUCGGAUGGCGCCGAUUUUCACCGCCGGAGUUUUGGCCCGGAGCAAGAAGGGCGGCGGGGACAAGACCCAUGUUUUUGUUCACGAUUUUUCUAGAGAGGUUGAGCAGAUUAGUAGCGACGAGUUUCUUUGCCGGGAAAACCUGGUGCAGGCUGUGGAUUUGUUGGGCCAUUUUGUUGUGGAGAAAAUGGAAGAUAACAGAUUUGAGUUUUGUAGAAACUCGACAUCAUCAUCAUCAUCACGAUCUUCGUCUAAAUCAUCAGGGAAUGAAGACGGUGAUGGUGAUGGUGAUGAUGAUGAAGAUGAUUAAUUUUUGAUGGAGUUUUUUUAAUCUUUUGGGUUUUGUAAAUUAUAUACAGUACUUUGUAAUAAUAUUACAUAGUUUUUUUUUUUUUUU